GGGCUCGUCUCCCGUCACUGCAGCUGGCCUUCUGUGGUAACAUCCCGUUGGCGUCCUUCCCAUCCAACCGUCUGGCUGCUCUCACUCAUCCCUCCUCUUUCAUCUUCAUCUCCCUGUACUCUUCUCUCUGCUUUCCGCAGCUCGGAGCACUCUCUACAAAUACCUCACCACCUCCCAAGCUCCAGACAGAUCAAUCUCCACUCCCCCGGCCUGUCAGAGUGUUCUUUGUUCAUCCAGCUCUCUUCCCAUCCCGUCCGCAACGAUGACACCCCUCCUGAAAUUGUUGGUGGCCGUCGUGUGUGUGGCUUCCACGGUCACCGCUCGACAGAGUAUGCGGGAGAUUCAGAUACACAAGCAGCUGGAAGUACUGGACCGUACAGAAGGAUCAAACACGGCUCCCGGAGUAGGGCCGAAGUACAAGGUUUACUGGCAGGAAGCGUCGCUCCCGAUAGACCACUCCGGAGAGUAUCCGGGGAACUUCAGCAAUCGGUACUGGGUGAUGGACGGUUUCUAUGAGCCUGGUGGUCCGGUGAUCAGCUUCGACACCGGUGAAUCGGACGGAGGACAUCGCUAUAUUGGAUACUUGACAGUGAACGAGACCUUCUUUUACCAGUACCUGAAGGAGUUCAAGGGGAUGGGUAUAAUUUGGGAGCAUCGGUACUACGGCCAGAGUAAACCGUUCCCGGUGAAUCUCGACACCCCUUCGGAGCAGAUGAGAUUUCUCACCACCGAGAACGCCCUAAAGGACUUUGUCGUCUUUGCAAAUGAUUUCAAGUGGAAGAACUUCACCGUUUCCCCGAAGGUCACGCCGUGGGUGGUUAUUGGCGGUAGCUAUCCGGGCAUGCGUGCUGCUUUUCUUCGACAUUUAUACCCCGAGACCGUUUACGCAGCUUGGGCGUCUUCCGCCCCGGUCCAGGCGCAGGUGGAUAUGUCCAUCUACUGGGAGCAAGUAUAUCGAGGGAUGGUUCGUUACAAUCUCGGGAACUGCACGAGGAACGUCAAGCUGGCGGUUGAUUACAUCGAUCGGCAGCUCUCCAAGUCGAGAACCGCCGCAAAGUUGAAACAACAGUACCUGGGGCGCACGGCAGAGAAAGUAACCAACGGAGGCUUUGCUGAUACUUUGCACUAUCCAUUCUACUGGUGGCAGGCCGAGGGCGUGGGAGAGUACUUACGGUCGUUCUGCGACCAUCUUACCAACGGAGAUAGUGAGGUCGGACCGGAAUGGGCUAAAGAGGAGGACGGUGAGGGUGCUGGAAAAUUAUACUCCGAUCGAUGGGCUUCAUGGCCCGGAUACGUGAAGUUGGUGAAUACUUACAACCCACUUGGUCACUGUGAAGGCUCUACUCGAGACGAAACAGCCCAGCCUAACUGUCUGCUUGAUGGGCGCUAUAGUGGAGAUUUGGGAAUCUCCUGGUCAUGGCAAUAUUGUUCGGAAUGGGGGUACUUCCAAUCGACGAACAUCGGGCCGCAUGCGUUGGGAUCCCGGUACAACAACCAGCGGCACCAGCAGGAAAUCUGUUACCGUCAGUUCCCGGACGGUCUCUCGUCGGGUUAUCUACCACGGAGGCCGAGGGUAGAUAAAAUGAACGCACUCACCGACGGUUGGAAUAUGCGUCCUAGUAACGUAUUCUGGACGGGUGGAGAGUUCGAUCCAUGGCUAUCGCUAUCUCCUCUGUCCCAAGAAAAGUGGUCACCAAUGUUGGCGGCUACGCCCGAGGCCCCGCGAUGCGGCCAUACUCCUCCCGAAGGACAAAUGUUUGGGCACCUGUUGGAGAACUCGGAGCAUUGCUAUGAACUUAGGAGCAGUGUCGAGUCCGCAACGCGGCCGCAGGAGAUGUUUCGGGAUGCAUUGAAGGGGUGGUUGAAGUGCUUUGGGAAGUAAUGCGGGUUUAUAAGAGUGAGCUGCAUGUUUAAUCAUGGAUGUAUGAGUUACCGAGCGAGUACCUGUUGUUGUGUCGAGUAGAUGAAUGGCGAAAAGAGUACUAUUCUGGCUAGG